CAAACACUUGUUCUAGUAAACAAUAACUAUGGAAGCUGCUGAACAAAAUUGCAAUAAACAUGACUCUAAUAGUGACGAAAAAACCAUUCUCAUUAAUGACAUAACAAACAAUAUAAUCAAGAGAGAAGACUACAAGAACCAUGAGGUGAAAAUUAAAUUAAAUUCAAUAGAGGAACAAGGAUUUCUUGGCUCCACGUGUGAAGUAGAUAUCAAAGGAGUUAAAGAAGAUAGGGAACAGGAAACAAAUCUUUUCAUUAAAAUUAUGAAUUCGAGCAAUUUUACAUUUAUAAAAGUACCAGAAGCGUAUGCUAACGAAUUAUUCGUGUAUAGAAAUCUUGCCAAAGUAUUUGAAGAUCUACAAGAAGCAUAUAAUGUCCCCGAAGCAGAGCGAUACAAAAUGGUUAAAAGUUACCCCGAGUCUUCAUCAAAUGUGAUAGUUCUUGAAAAUUUGCACAACAAAGGAUACAGAACUCAUCACAGAUCAAAAAUUGUGUCUCUGGAUUUCGCAGUAUCAGCUGUGAAAGAGCUCGCAAAGUUUCACGCUCUGUCGUUCGCAAUAAAAGAGAAGAGACCAAAAUAUUUCGAACGACAUUUACAAAACAUGAAUCACCCGUACGUUUUCAAUGAAGACUGGUCGAACUUCAUCGAUAAUUUCCUGGCUAUCACAAUGAAAUACGUUAGCAACGAUGUCAGGAGAAAAUUGGAAGUGUUCAAAAUGAUGUUUCUAGAAAAAUACAGAAUGUAUCUAGAAGAUGAUACACACAAGCGUUGUUUGUGCCAUGGUGAUUACAGACCGAGCAAUAUAUUGAAGAAGGAAAUUAACGGCAAGGUCUCAGAAGUAAUACCAAUAGACUAUCAACUGGUAUACUACGGAUGUCCAGUUAUGGAUCUCAUAUACUUCAUAUUUGCCUCACUGGACCAGAAAAUGAGACAAAAUAUACCGUACAUUAAAGAUAUGUACUAUGAAUCUUUGAAGUCAUUUUUGACUUAUUUCAACAUCGAGGUGCAAGACGUUUUACCCAGGAAAGAGUUUGAGGUUAUGUACAAAGAGAGGCUAGAUUACGGACUCCAAACAUCCCUCGUCAUGAUACCCAUUCUAAUGACUCCUGAUGAUGACUUAACUGAAUUAGAUGCUAUGACCACCAUCUCACAAGACACUAACAAAGAAUGUCAAGAACGAAUGAUUGGAAUUAUUAAUGACUUUAUUGAAUGGGGGUAUCUGUGACGAGUGUGUACACGUUGAGUAUUUAAAACGGAAAUAGACAUCUUCAACUUAAUUGAAAAAUGAAUUAUUUGACUUAUGAAUCAGAAUCCUAAUUACUUACAUUGAUAGUGAAAAUAUGCACUGUAUAACAUUUACAUUAAGUCCAUUUUUAAAAUGGUCUACUUAGAUGAGUCUGCUACUAUAACUAUGUUUCAGCGAUAGUGGCGGACAUAUCCGUUACAUUUAUUAUUAUUAAGUAUUAUUAAUUGAUUAUCUUAUUUAUUAAUAAACAUAUUAUCACCCCUUAUAAGUCAUUUCAUCCACGAAGACGCACUCUACCAGUUUGAGCGGAAGUGUCGCGGGGUAAAUGGACUGAUCCAAGCCUCAGUCUCAACGCUAUCCAUCGUAGUGUGUGUACACUCAAGCUACUCCUGCACACUGUAUGUGAUUAAGGAAAGUAAUGGGGCACGUCUUCUUGCAUGAAACCAUUUAUAAUUCCUAAAAACAACUGUAUAAAUUUUAUAUUAUUUUAAUUUCAAAUCAGCCACCUCCGAAACCAUUCAAGUACACCAGUAUUAUAACCACUCAAGCUGCUCAUGCAGAUAGAGCGAUGGAGGAAGGAAGUAGGGAGCGUCUUCGUAAAUGAAAUUAUCUAUAAUCCCUAGAAACAACUGACGUCUCAGUCACUAAAUUUUAUAUUAUUUUAAUUCCAAAUGACCAUCUUUAAGUGGUGCACUAUCAUAACUGAUCCUAUAAAUCAUCUUAACCAUUACUGUCACAUUUGUAGUGAAAAUUGACCAAUCAGAAUAAAGUUAUUUAACAUGGUUUUAUUGGUUUAUAUUAGCCACUAUGGUAGUUAACGGAUGAUUUUUUUUUUUAAUCGACCAUAUAAAACGCAAUACCAAAAUCGCCAAUUCAUCGAUUUAAUUAUUUUUUCAGUCGAAUAAUACCUCUGAUACUUUGUUGAUACUGUAAUGAUUUGCAUACAUAAAAUUAUUCGAAGCUUAGUUAAUAUGAUGAGUGAAAAAUAAUAUAAAUAUCAGCUUUGUAUUAUAUUAUACUGUCCCACCAUAUAUGACAUAUUAUAAACCGAAGUGUAUGAUAUAGGAACAGCUUCAUAUGGACAUCACGGUAAAAGAGAAUUAUGAAUGUAUUACUUUAAUAAAUAAACAUCUUUAUUAUUU